CCCGGUACUAUCGCCUCUCGAGCCGCAUUUCAACGGCGACUAUCGAAGCGACCACAUCACACGAAAGAGUUUGACACUUCGGCUUUGGCGCACGUCGACCUGAUUUUGACACAUCAUCCAGGAGACGUAGGAGCGAGAAGAGAACCAAUUAGCACAGUGCGAGCAAACGACGGAAUCGAUCGCUCUUGGUCACCUUUCUCGCUAGCCUUUCUCAGCCCCCAAGUGGAAGGUACACCGGCGCCGAUCGUUUCAGGGAGGGCUUCCAAAAUCCCUCCCAUCUACGAACGUCCAACAACCAGCAACAUUUCAGUUGAGGAAGGAGGUGUUCUUAACGUAUCAAAAUCAUGCAAUCGUCAGCCGCAGCAGUUAUCUGUUACUCGUGGCGUGAGAUCGCGGCCACUGGGCGAUGCCACCUCGACGAAGGUGGGGACAAUACCUCUCCUAAGUCCGACAAUGGAAACCGAAUUUUUGAAAGAGCCCUGGGUGUUUCCGCGCACAAAGACAAAUUCUUCUACAAGAGAAGAGGUCACCGCGGCACUCUCCGCCUGGGAGGAGGACUUUCAGGAUCUGAGCAGUUGGUGCAUGGACACGUUCCAGGGUCAAUGCGAUUUUCAUAUAGGUGAAUCGACUACGUUUAAAGUAUCAGGUACGAAAUACGAGGAUAACGGCGUUUCGAUUGUGGAAGAGAAGGGAAUAUUAAAAGAUUUGAAGAGUACGACUGAUGAUGAAAAGCUGAAUUUGAAAAUGAUAACCGCUAAGACUACCGAAGAAUCAAAUGACAAUCGUCAUUUGCUGCUAUCUCCAUCGGGAUUGGUUAACGAUUACGAAUUAGGAUAUAAAAACGAAGAGAAGAACGCAACCAGCUCCUGGUUAAUGUCACCCGAAGCGUCUGUAGCUUCUACAAGUACCGCGUCGAGUAAGCAACAUAACGUUGAUGCUGACACGUUGUUACAAUCCGAGUAUCGCGCGAGCAGCUUGACUUCAUCUUUCGAGACCACCACAAUCACAAAUCAGCGUGAAACAUGGGAUGAGCUACGUACGAUCGAGACCACCGGAUCGGACACUUUCGACCUGCUGUCGUAUCUCUGUGACGAUGCACUGCUUUCCCAGGAAGGCGGCACUUCUACCGAAUCUUCAGCCGUGCUGAAACUCAAAUCGGAGGCGACGGUGUUGCCAUCCUUAUUCACGCUUAGCCCCGCGAAGGUGAAGACGGAGGAAGAGGUCAUCGAACCGAUGCCAUCGACGCGUCGAAGGAUGUCGACACGUGCAACGUCGACGGUGACCUCAUCAUCGGUGGAACCUCCCGUAGUGUCGUCUCGCAGAUCGGAGAGAACGAGGACAUCGAGUAGCAAAGCCGCUGAGAGCAGAGAACGAGAGACGAUUGUCAGAAUAAGGACGAGGGAAAAUGGAAGGAAGAGAUACUACGAAGAGAGCGAUUCCGAUGACGACAUCGGCCUGUCGCAGUACAGAGAAUGUCGGGAGAAGAACAACGAGGCGUCGCGAAAAUCGCGGAUGAACAAGAAGGUGAAGGAAUCGGAAAUGACGAUUAGGGCGAUCAAGCUUGAGAGGGAUAACAAGGUGUUGAAGAUGAAGGUCGAGGAGCUGGAGAAACUGGUGACGUCGAUGCGCAACGCGUUAUUAAGAUCUGCUUUAAAGGGAGUGUUUUAAGAGUACACGCGUUAUUUAAUAUCUAGACGUACACGAGCUGUCGCGCGCGCAUAAUGCAUUAAUAAUCUGUGCACACUUUUCGUUCUUUUUUUUUUUUAUACAGACGCCAUCUCAUUACGUAAUAUCUAAUGGAAUUAUGUAAAUUUUAACAUUGACUUAUUUGUCUCAAUUAUCUUGAGACUUAUUGUUACUCGUUAUUUUGACGUUGUUUUAUCGAGAGACGUUCUUUCAUAUCUCUAUAUAGCGUCUCCCUAUACACUGUAAAAAAAUGUGUAAAAUUACAUUAAUAAUAUGUAAAAUUAC